AUGCUUAAAUUAUAUCCUGCCAUACUUGAAGGACGACCAAUACAUAUUGCGGCACGUUUGCUAGGAGUGGGCACAACAACCAUAUCUAACAAAUGCUAAUAAUGCUCUAAGGAACAACGCGAUAAUUACACCCGGGAAGAAACGGAAAUCAUUCUGCCGUGUUCAGUCAAGCGUAGAUUCAUUCGACAGAGAUUGGCUUAGGAAUCUGAUAAUGUCUUUCUACAAGAAAGCACAAAUUGCAAUUGUGGAGAACUUGUAUAACGCGUUUAUUAACUACAAACGCGAUUCGUCAGCAAAGAAUAAUAGCCAAAGUCUCUGUCCAGUUUUUCCCGAUCUCAAUCUAGAUGCUGGAUUCGAAACUUAUUCUAGUUCAAUAGCCGCAUCAUCAGGUGCAGUAGAAACAAGUGAAGGAAAGAAGGAAAUGUUCAGAUGCAGUCGACAAACCUUUAGAAAAAUUCUGCAUGCCGAGGGAUACAAAUUUGGGAAAAUUGAUACAAGAGUAGGGCUGUGUUACCGUGAUGAUAUCGUCAAGUGGAGAGGAAAGUAUUUACGAACAUUGCGACUAAAUGAAGCACUGGAAAAUCCCAUGAAACUUGUGUACUUAGACGAAACAUGGUUAGAUCCACACCAGAGGGUAAAGAAAGGAUGGUUUCCAAAGAAGUGUGCGAGAAUAAAGGACAUGGUGGACUUCACGUGGAAGGAUCAUAAAGUUUCUCGAGGGAGCAGGUGAUAUGUUUGCCUAAUAAACCACCUUUAGUACUAUAAUAUUGCUAAGAAUUUUGUGGAAUAGGUUAAUUGCUCUGAGUGCCGUCAAUGAAGAUGGAGUAAUUCCGGA